AUGAAAAAGUAUAAGAAAUAAAAGAGUAGUUAGAAUACACGAUAAGAUAAUUUCUGUAUAAAUGCAGCAGCAUUAUAAGAUCAUUUAAGUAGAUAACUUUUUAAGUUGCCUAAGAUUAAUUAAAAAUAAUUGUCAUUAGCUUAAAAAUUAGGAUUAGUACCAUCUCCACCUAAACCUUUAAAUUAAGAGGAAUGGGCUUAGAUUGAGGAACAGUCUCUUAAAAGGGAAGAUAUAUAGAAUUGUGUAUGUCCUAUAUGUUUAGAGAAAUUUAGAAUGCAAUAACAUGUAAUUUUGAGUUGCAGUCACAUUUAUCAUAAGACAUGUUUAGAAAGUUUUGAAAGAGUAUCUUAAACAAAAUAAUGUCCAAUAUGUAGAAGAUAGGAUUAUGAGAAGAAGUAAUUUAUAGCGGCUAAUAAAUAAUAUAAGAUCUAAUCAAUAAUUAAAAUAUAAGCAUUAUUUCGAUAAUUUAGAUGCAGAAAAUAGUUUUAUGAGAAGAUGAUUAAAAUGUAAUACAGGCCGGAAAAUAGUUUACUAAAGAGAAAAUUGUUAUUUUAUAAAUUAUCAAGAAUUUCAACAAGAAUGUCAAAGACAAUUUAAUAGUAAGGUAAUUAAGUACAGAAAGAGAUAUAUUAAUUGGGUGAAAAUAUGUAAAUAAAGUAAGAGUAAAUGGAAAACAAUUUAAAUAAGAUAUAUUAAAUGAAACAUAAUAAUGAAUAGAUGGCUAAAUUAUAACCAAUAGUAAAAGUAGAUUGGAUUAGUAUAAAGAAGAUAGCUUUAGAAAGAAGGGAAGUAGAUUGUACAAUAUGUUUAUAGAGUAUGGUGAAUGCAAAGGUAUUUUUAUUGAGUUGUUCACAUAUGUUUCAUGCAAAUUGUUUAAAUUCUUUUGAGAGAUAUUCAAUGUCUUAAAUAAACAAUUGUCCAAUAUGUAGAUAGACUUAUCAAAAAUCUCAUUUUUAGUUAUAAUAAUGA